GCUCUCGGAGUGUUGGAGUCAUAUUAACAAUUCUACUUCUCUGGGAUCGCUAAAUAUAAAGAAGAUAUAAUCACAGCAAACAAGAAACUGGAGAACGGAUUAAUUACGUGUAUUGCAUUACGGUUGUUGGUGUGCGGAACUAAUUUGCGCUUGGUUUGUGUUUAGGUCGGAGUGUUUUUUUGUUGUACCGACAAACCUGGAAUUGUGAAUAACGACAAAUUAGGAAAGCAGAAGAAGAAAAAACAACGUAGUUUACAAAAUGGAUGCGCAGUUAAUGUAGAUAUCAUUUGAGAAGUUGGGUUAAGCUUAAGCUGAGGAGAGAAAAAAAGAAACACGAUUCAUCGUCGCAGCCAUUUUUAAAGCUUCCGGUUCCGGGUUAUAGCAGCUUGUGUGUUUUGGUUUCUAUACCAAAACGGUGUGAUUCUUUCUUUUUAAAAAAUAUUCUUCCUUAGCCAAAAUGCAGCGACCACACUUCCGACCUCCGUAUCCAGCAGGAGGCCCGCGAACAGGAGGAUUUCGGAGCCCUCCACCUGCGUUGGACAGGGCGGGGGGCGGCAGGUUUCCCUCGCCGCCCUGGGCUUUCCCAAACGGGCCAUACGGACCCAGAUUCGGGUCGUAUGGCGGCUCUCCGGGGGGACACACCCCACCCAGGGAGUUUAGCAGUAAUAGAGGAGGGAGUGGUGGUGGGAAAUCCGCGGGACACACACCGCGCAGACCGAACGGUAGUCCUACAUACAGACACUCGCCUUAUCAGAGUCCCGGAGCUCACAGCGGAUAUCAGGGUUCUCCGCGGACGUCCACGCCGUACACCAGGGACAGAGGCGCAAACGAUUUGGAUAAGUAUUACAAAGCGUCCAUGCUUCAGGACCCGUGGGCUAACCUCCAGCCCGUAUCAGUGACCGAGACCCAGUCGAAAUGCAGCUCCCAGCAGGCCACACACACAGGCAGGCCAGGGAGGUACUACAACAAAAACUCAACCGCUUAAAACAAGCCUUUUAAGACUUCCCUUACAUUUUGGGGGGGGGGUGGUAAUUAAUAUUUGGACACACCAAACUUUGGACUUGGACAUGACUGCAGCAAUAACACUUCCAGAGCUCACUGUUUACAGCAUUUUCUUUUAGAUUUUGUAUCCUGGAUAUCUCUUAUUCUAUUGUACUUCUUUUGUACAUUUUAAUUUUGAGUGUAGAAUCCAGACAGGCACAUAUACACUCUAGCACACGUUUAUUAUGGACAAGAUUUAGUGUCGUCACUACACACCAAAAUCUAAUGAGACAUCUGAUUUAUGUGUUAAAUCAGAAAAAAAAAAUCACGCAGAUUGGAUCCAGCCUGAGCUUCCCUAUUGGGAAAUUAUUGUGGGUAUAAUUAUUAGUAAUAUACUAAUUAUUCAGUAAAUAUGAUUGUCACUGCAGGUUUGAGUGAUUAGAUUGAGUUACUGAUUGAUGCGUGUCUGUGUGUGUGUGAGAGUUGCAUUAAGAGGUCUAAUCUACUACCUCUGACCCAAUGAUGUUAAAAAACUCAACCAGCACAACAUUUUCUAGGCAUUUUAUUCUAAUUUUGUACAUUUAUGUAAAAUACCUUUGACUUUGUCUUUAAUUUUAUUUCAUACCUGUCAUUUUUGUUAAAAAAAAAAAAAAAAGAGUUAGAAGUAUAUUCAACUCUAUAUUUUUUUACAUUCUCAGGAGUUUUUAAAUGCUUAUGUACCUCAGUCUAGUUAGUCCUAACUCGAAUUAUGUAAAAGAAAAAUUUUAUGGAAAAAAAAGACGAUGUAUUGAAAAGCCUUUGUUAAAGUUUUUCCUUGAAUGUGAUUUACUCGGUAAAGUGUGAGGUGUCUGAAUUGUCUCGUUAAGUUUUAUAUCUUUAAAAUGUUUUUUUUUUUUAGUGAGAACCAUUUUGUUUUAUUUCUUUUAAAUAUAAUCAAUUACAACCCCUUAAUAUUUCA